UGGAAAACGUUCCCAUUUGCAGUAGCUGAGGGCUUCUUUGGUCCCGCCUCCUAGAUGUAGAAUUACCCCACUCCCUCCCUCCUCUCUCUUCCUUUUUCUUUCUCCCUCUCCUCUCUCUACUCCCUCGGGCUUCAUUGUCAUCUUCUGUUUCAACUUUCCUUGUCAUCCACAGCGGUGGUUUGUUGGCGGAGGUGAAAAGGAAAAGAUGGGCCGAGGGAAGAUCGAGAUUAAGAGAAUAGAGAACUCCACCAACCGGCAAGUCACCUAUUCCAAGCGGAGAGGAGGAAUUUUUAAGAAAGCUGCCGAACUCACCGUUCUCUGCGAUGCCGAGGUUUCUCUCAUCAUGUUCUCUAGUACCGGAAAAUUAUCUGAAUAUGUCAGUCAUACCGCAACGUAUAACGAAGAAAAUAUUCGACCGAUAUCAACAAGUUUCGGGAAUAAACCUGUGGAACUCACACUACGAGAGAAUGCAAGAACAUUUGAGCAAGCAGAAGGAAGUUAAUAAUAAUCUGCGCAGAGAGAUUAGGCAAAGGAUGGGUGAAGAUCUGGACGAUCUGAGUGUGGACGAGCUGCGUGGUCUUGAGCAAAAUAUGGAGAACUCGUUGAAGGUUGUUCGUGAGCGCAAGUAUCACGUGAUCUCAACUCAGACUGACACUUGCAAGAAAAAGAUAAGGAAUUUACAGGAUACAAAUGCAUCUCUCCUGCGUCAACUUGAAGAGAGGGAUGAGAUUCCACAUUUUGGUUUUGUUGACAAUGGAGGGGACUAUGAAUCUGCACUUGGAUUGGCGAAUAAUGGCUCCCACUUGUUUGCUUUCCGUCUGCAACCAAACCAGCCCAAUCUUCAGGAUGGAGGAAUAUAUGGGUCGUACGACCUACGUCUUGCUUGAGUUGCAUUUGAGGUUAUGUAGCCUUAUAACCAGACAUUUUAUACUUAGUACGUGUUAUCUAGAGUUGAAUCUACUUGAACUAGUAUUAUCUAAACUUGGAAAAUGUACUAAAAUUUCUUAUUUAUGGUAUUUUCACUUGCAGUAUCAUCAA